UACGCUAUUUUCAAGAGAGUGCCCACGUGUACCCACUUUUACCCAGUGCAAGACACGAGCUCGUCCCUGAUUGGCCAACACGGGUGGGACCGGAGCUACCGUUCUAUUAUGUCAGAUACGUUACCUUUGUAUAGGGGCCCUCUUAAUUCAUGUCUUUCCAGUGCUACGAAUGUUGCCCUAGACACGUGGUGCUUUCACGACGAAGGAUAUCUACUUCUGCUAUGAUUAUCGCCUGAACUCUCUCUCUGAGUCUGAGACACUGAGAAAGACUGCAAGAGAGAGUAAAGUUAGAGAGAAAAAAGACGCUCUGGUGGAUGGAAAUGGAAGUUCAAGCUAAAGAUAGGUGGCGCAUGCUAACGCGGGCUGGUGCUGCGCAGGAUAAAACGGUUAUCGAAAGAAUAAUGCUCGGAUUCCGGCCGAUUGCACCGAAACCGGUUGCCGGAGGUGCUGCUUCGGGUAACUUACAAGCUGUAAACAAGAACUUGAUGAUUAGUAAUGGUAGAUCUAAGAGAAAGUACGUUAGAGUUCGGAAGAAUAGGGAUUACAGGAGAAAGAAUAAUAACAAAACGAGUACUGAUCAUCAUGGAAGUUGUAAUAAAGAUGGGCUGGACGAUAAGAUCGUGACGCUACAGUUGUUGCCGGAGGGCGGUGAUUUAGAGUAUUCAAAAAGAAGAGAGCCGUGGUGCAAUAUUGAUGUCGACGGUACGGGAAUAGAGAUUGAGAAAGAGAAAGAAAAGGUGGUAAUUGAAAAUAAAAUAAAUCAAGGGUUUCAAGAAGUGGGAGGGAUAGGUUUGGCAGAUCAGAGGGUGGAGAUGGGUGGCCGGAGAGUGGUGGAGACGUGGGUGACGGUGGAGAGAGUUAUGAGUAGUGAUGGUGAUACAUGCAUGGAUGGGAGGGGAGGGUUGGGGAGUGAGGACUUUGAGAUAAUGAAGAAUCUAGAGAAUGACACGUGUCCGGGGUUUAUAUCAGACGGGUUGAACAAAGUGAAGUGGGUGAAUGGAGCUUAUAGGAGGAUGGUGAGGGUGAGGGAAGAGGGUGAGGGUGAAGGUGAGGAUUCAGAAGAGAGGACGACAAUAGUGGUGUUGUUGGGGAUGAAAGAGAAGUUGCCAUGGGUAUUCAGUUCAUUAACGUGUAAAGUGAGGGUAGAGUACGCAUGGAAGAAGGAAAAGUACUGGAAGAAGAUGGUAAUGCCGUGUGAUGUUUGGAGAAUGGAAUGUGGAGGAUUUGCAUGGCGGCUUGACGUUGAGGCUGCGCUGAGUUUGGGACGUUGAAGACGCCUCCAACCUUAUAUAUCAUCAACAACCUAAAAGGAAUAUCAGGGUUUGUGAUCAUGCAUGGAAUCGAUGCCUUCAAGAAGCAGUAGUGAUGAAGCUAGCAGCGAACAAGUCCAAAGUGUAAAUUUAUUAUAUAUAUAUAUUAUUCGUACUAGUAUGGGAUUGAAACUAAGAAAUGUAGAUAUAGU